AUGGGUGGAGUAUUACAGUGGGUGUCUGGCAAUGAGCCUGUGACCUUUGAGGAUGUGGCCAUAAACUUCACUGUGGAAGAAUGGGCAUUGAUGGAUCAUUCUGAAAAGAAACUUUACAGAGAUGUGAUGUUAGAAACUUUCAGGAACCUGAUUUCUAUAGGAAUAACAAGGGAAGGAGUGGAUAUUAAAGAUGACUACAAAAAUCUCAAGAGGAAAAUACGAACUGAAAAACUAAAGAAACUCUGUGAACCUAAACAAAGUAUUUAUUGUACAGAAUUUCUCUGUCAACCUCCAGACCAUAUUAUGAAUAUCAAAUCUCUUCUUGGAGAAACAUCAUGCACAAGUUGUAUAGAAGUUCCAACCAAUGAGGCCCUCAAAGGUCACAUUGGUCACAAAACCCAUAAGGAUCAGGAUUAUCGAGAAAACCCACUUACUCAUAAGCAAUGCUAUCAGCUUUUCCUUUAUUCUUGUUGCUUUGAGAGACACGAAGAGAAAGAAAUUGGAGAGACUCAACCAUGUGCUGAUGCAUUCAAGAGCAUCACCCAAAUUGUGUUGAUGGGUUCAGAUCAGAAUUAUAAGAGCCCUGAAGUUAAACAUCAUGAAUAUAAUUGGUGUGGGAAAGCUUCCAGGAUGUUCAAUGACACUCAAAAACAUGAAGGUACUCACAAGGAAGUGAAUCCAUUAUGGUGUAAACAAUACGGAGAAGCUUUUAGACUUUCUUUCACACCCAUAAACAAAAUCGCAAUGAAGACAAACGCCUUGAAUGUGAGUGUUGUGAGGAAGCCUUCACUACGUGUGGUAGUCUACAAGAUCAUGAGAGACUUGACACUGGAGGGAAACCUGAUAGAAAUAAGCAGUUGGGGAAAUCCUUCAGUUUUAGCAAACUUCAGAGUCAAAAGAGGAGUCAAAAGGAUUCAUGCUGGAGAGAAUCCUCAAGAAUCUAAGCAAUGUCCUCAACCCAGUACUUCUCAUGACCUCCAAGGACAUGAAACCCACCAUGGAGAGAAACUGUAUGUAUGCCAGCGCUGUGGCAAAGCCUUCACUCUAUACAAAAGCCUGCAGAUACACGAACAAAUUCACACUGGAUGGAAAGUCAAUGGAUGUCAGCACUGUGGGAAAGCCUUCACUUCUUUCACUAAACUUAAGAUCCAUGAAAGAACUCACACUAGGGAGAAACCUUAUAGAUGUAAGCAAUGUGGGAAGGCUUUUGCAUCCUCUAGGUACUUUCAGAUACAUGAAAGAAGUCACACAGGAGAAAGGCCCUUCAAAUGUAAGCAAUGUGAGCAAGACAUCACUUCUUCCAGAUACCUUCAAAUAUAUGAGAAAACUCACACUGUAGAGAACCCCUAUGAAUGUAAACGAUGCGGCAAAGCUUUUACAUCUACCUGUCACCUAAAAAUACACACAAGAACUCACACAGGAGAGAAACCAUUUGGGUGUAAGCAGUGUGGGAAAUCUUUUGCUUCAUCCAGUUAUCUCAAAAGACAUGAAAGAAAUCACACUGGAAACAAACCCUUUGGAUGGAAGCAAUGUGGGAAAUCCUUCAAUAGUUCCAGUUACCUUCAAAUACAUGAAAAAAUUCACACUGGAGAGAAACCUUAUGGGUGCAAGCAAUGUGGGAAAUCCUUCAAUACUUCCAGGUACCUUCAGAUGCAUGAAAGAACUCACACUGGGGAGAAACCUUAUGUCUGUAAGUUGUGCAGCAAAGCUUUCACGUUUUGCAGUUACCUCCAACAUGAGAGAACUCACACUGGUGAGAAGCCCUACAGGUGUAAGCUGUGUGACAAAGCCUUCAAGAACUCAGGUGACCUUCAAAGGCAUGAGAGAACUCACACUGGAGAGAAACCCUAUGUGUGUAAGCUGUGUGACAAAGCCUUCAUUUCUUCCAGUCACCUUCAAGCACAUAUAAGAACUCACACUGGAGAGAAACUUUAUGGAUGCUGGCAGUGUGGGAAAACCUUCACUUACUUAAGUCACUUUAACAGACAUGAAAGAAAGCACACUGGUUAA